AUGUCCCUUGUGAACGGGGCUUUCCAGCUGCAUAAUGUAUCCACUCUUGGAAACCCGGCCACGAAUGCUCUACCUGGUGGCCAUACCCAGGAAGUCGGGCUGGAAAGCUCAAGCGACGAGGCGGGGAUGAGGGCUGCCUCACCAAGCACAAAUGCCGGUGAGAUACUAGAUAAUACCCAAAUAGUACGACCGAUGUCUCUCUUUUCAAGUCCGGCUUUGACAGACAUGAUUUCCUUGUUGCCAAACAUCGAGGCAGCUUCUCUGCUGGUGGACACCUAUUUCGAUCGCGUCCACUGGUUCAUGCUUAUCUUUCACCAGGAUGAGUUUCGUCAGCGAUGGCCCAAGCUAUAUCAACUGUCUCGGAGACAAUCACGCCAGAGUUCUCACUGGACUGGGUUCGUAAGCACGUUGCUCAUGGUCAUCGCCAUCGGGCUUCAGUAUGCCGGGCCGCAUCGACAGCGACUCCUGGCCCGUCAUGGUGUCUCCCAAGACCUGAAAGAGCGUAUUCUUUCCACAGUUAGAGCCAGGCUCCUUGAUAUAGUAUCGCUGGGAUCACUCGAGGCAGUUCAAACGUGCAUUCUGUUGGGGACCUUUUAUUUGUACCACGGCGCGCCCCGCUUGGCUUGGCCUGUAUGCGGAUGUGGACUCCGUAUUGCACAGGCUCUUCAAUUGCAUCGAAAGCUGCGGCCAUCCGGGACACAAAACUUGCACAUGCAGAAGGAGACUCGGAAACGGUGCUGGUGGGCCAUAUAUGAGAUUGAAACAUUCUGUGCCGUCUCAUAUGGCUACCCCCACAGCAUCAGAGACGCCGAUUGCGACGUCGAGCCGCUUGAUCCGUUGGCAAAGCUGCCAGUAUCUCAAUCACCGAGCUCCUUUGACGAGCCGCUCACCGGUGAACCUACUUUACUCUCAUACAAAUACUUCAUGUCGAAACUAUCGGUCAUAACCAAGCAAGCGUUGGCGGAGCUGUAUCGUAUCGGUCCUGAUUAUGCAGAAAAUGCAGCACGGGUCCCACCAUCCUCAGACCUGCGAGGCAUAAUUCGAAAAGUGGAUGAUUUCGAUUCCCGCCUUCGCCAAUGGGAUACAGAGAUUCCAGCGAAGCUUCGAUGGCAGAAUGUAGCCCAUAAUAUCAACUACACAUCACUGGAAGAGGUUGACGAGGAUAUUGGAGCAUCUGGGCCACGAUUCGAGAACCAUAUCUACCAGCUUCAAGCUUUAGCUCUUACCCUGGCCUACGAGAGCUCUCGAAUCUUGAUCUACAGGCCGCUUCUGUCUUAUAAACUCAUUAACAGGCCCGGAACUGAAAGCAUCUCGGAUGACUUCGAAUCUGCUCCGGCGAAUCCAUUAGAAGCAUCAUUGAGGAGCUGUCGUGAGGCUGCCAUCAAGAUGUCCGAAAUAUCAUCUAGUGCUAUUGUCGAUCUGGUGUCAGAAACUUACGCCGCGGGCUUCGUCAGUAUCCACACAUUCACAGCUGGAGUGGCACUAGGAAUCAUUACCAGUAUGGAUCCUUUGAAUUCACAUUCUGGGGAUACGAAGCGUGGCCUACGUCAACUCAUGGGGAUUCAGGAGAAGCUUAAGUCGCGAUCUAUCAUGGCAGAACAAGGGCUAGAGAUUUUGCAACGUUUAACAAAGUUGGUCAUGGAGAAGGAACUCAGCGUAAUGCUAGAUUUGUCAAAGCCAGGAACAACAAGUUCAAAUACGCCAAGAGCAGAUGUUCCCAGCCAAAGUGUGACCUUGAACGAUAGCUCCGCCGUCGCAAAUCCCACCAUGGCACCCCGUUAUCCAAACACUGCACCCAGGUCCAUUGGUGAUCCAACAAUGCCACCGGUGGAAACCGACCUAGCUGAUACAAGCACCAUGCUCAACGAUCCACCCUUUCAAUAUAUGGAAAACUUUGCAUUCUCCGGUGCUCUUGAUGAUUUUGACCAAGGUCGGACUCCCAUGUGA